AUGACAGUUUCGAAUGUCAUUGAUCAGAUCGGAGAGGCCAAACAACGUAAUCGGGAGCUUCAAUUAGAAUUUGAGAAGUGGAGAAGUGGAACCAUCAAACUCUCAUGCAACUGCGAUUCAGUGGACGCCAGAGAGAAAUAUCCCACAAUUUUCAUUGCAGAAUGCAGAGACCUGUCCGAAAGAUUCGUCCGAGAAGUUGCUCAAUUGAAGAACCCCCUGCUCAGUGCCUAUAACUUUUACCGGGUACAAUCUGCGCGUAGGAGAGAAGCUAAAGCUGAACUUUUCAGUGGAAUGGAAGCAAUUGUCGGAAGCGGAGGAGAGAGUUUGGAUGAAAAAGUUCAAUCAAUGGGGUUCGAAUUUUGA